AUGGCGCCCUCAGAGCGAGCUUACGAGUGGGACCUAGUCGCAGUCCUCGAGGACAGGGGAAAUCGAAGGGAGCCCCGUGUCUCCUGCAACUACUGUGGCAAGGAGAUGACAGCGGGGGCGACGAGGAUCAGAGCUCAUAUCCUGGGCAUCAAACCUGGGCUUGGCGCUGGCAAAUGCACUGAAUCAAAAGAGGCGGUGCCCCCAGAGGUCAGGCAACGUUUGCAGAAGACAGAAGACGAGAAAGAGCAAGAGGAGCAGCGAAAGCGCCGCCGGGAGCAGCUACAGCGGGUAGCAUCAUCAGCCCAGUCAUCUCUCCAGGCUUCAGGAUCUGGUCGGCAGAGCAGCAUUCAGUCAGCAUUUGCAAGAGCUGACAAAUCAGAGGUAGACAGAUCGGUGGCCAGAUUCUUCUACGCAAACGGCAUCCCUUUCAACGUUGCCAGGAAUCCCUUUUUCAAAGAAGCCGUCAGCGCUAUCGCUGCCGCUGGCAACACCUACAAGCCUCCAGGAAGCAAAGCCCUGCGCUCGAACCUCCUGGAGAAGGAGCUCGAUGAGCUGCAGACAGACAUUGACAGGUUGAUGCAACCGGCAUUGGAGAAGACUGGCGCCACCAUUGUUAGUGACGGGUGGACAAACACGACCAACCACCCGUUGCUGAACGUGCUGGUCAUCACUCCUGGGCUGGAGGUGUUCACGACAGCGAUUGACACCAGUGGGGAGCGCAAGUUCGGGGAAUACAUAGCGGAGCAACUCAUCCCUGUCAUCGAGAAGAUCGGGCCCGACAACGUGGUUCACGUUGUCAUGGACAAUGCGGCAAACUGCAAGGUUGCGGGCAGGUUCAUCACUGCUCGCUUCCCCUGGAUCACCUGCUCGGGAUGCGUGGCUCAUGGGAUGGAUCUUGCUCUGGAAGACGUCGGCAAAGAGGAGUGGGUCUCUCCCACUUUGAAGGCCGCACGUGAUCUGGUCAAGUUCAUAACCAACCAUCACAAGACAAUCGCACUCUUCCGCCAGCACUCGGAUCUGGAGCUUUUGAAGCCAGGAGACACCCGGUUUGCCACAUCGUUCAUCACGCUAGAGAGGUUGCUGGAGGUCAAGGACAGCCUCCGUGCAACCGUGGGGCAUCCCGACUGGACCUCGUGGGCCGCAGCACAAGCACCUGCAACAAGAGCUCUGGCUGAGGACAUACAAGAACUGGUGUUCACGGCAGCCUUCUGGAAAGAGGCGAGCGAGAUUGCUCAACUCUCCAUCCCCAUCGUCAAGGUUCUUCGCUUGGCUGACUGCCCGGCGCCCACAAGCGGCAAGAUGUACAAGGCGUUCGAGCGGUGCAGGGAAGAGAUCGAGGGGCUGGACGUGAACGCGACCAAGAAGAGACGGGUUCUGGACAUCUUCGAGGAGCGAAGGAAGUUCGUCCUCUCAGAUCUGCUCAUCGCUGGCUAUGUGCUGGAUCCAGAGUUCCGAAAGGAGGACCACUUUGCCAAGCCGGAGGUUGCUCAGGGGUUCGUUCGAAUGUUGGAGAAGCUAGUGCCUGACCGUGCUGAACGAGCGCGAGUUGUCCAGCAGCUUGCCAUGUACAGGUUUGUUUGCGAACGAGCUCUUGGACGAGACCGGCAAGACACUCCCGAGUCAUGA